AUGAUAUUGAAUGCUAUGGAAAAGGUAUCUACAUUCGGGACAUGUGAAAUAUCAAUAUUAACCAUGCGAUUUGUUGAGAAAUGUCCAGCAGAUGAGGUAUCAUGGAAGAAAGCAGCAGAAAGAUUAAAUUGUGCGUCUGUUACUCAGUCUUGCGCAGAAUCGCUGGAACCUCCAUUCAAUUCUCGGAAUUAUAUUUUUCAAUAUCACUGCGUAAUUAAUGCUUGGCGAAAUGCAACAAUAGAAGUGUGUGCAUUGAAUCGCACAAUUUUAGGUUUCUGCGCCGAGUUUAAUAUACACGGAGCGGUCAUACAAGAUGAUUACGAUUCGGACUGUACACAGCAUACACCACCAUGCCCAUCAAGUUAUAAUUCGGCCGAGGCUUAUAAAUACCCAACAUGCUAUGAAAUGGCAUACAGAAACAGAAAAAGACAAAUGAAACCAGUGACAGAUAAAUUCAUUUCAUCAGCAAGUGCAAGAUCAGCUCUACAUGGUUUAUUCUUCACAGUUUGUUUACUGAGAAGUACUUUGUCCUGAUUUUCCUUACAAUCUAGUCAACGAAAAGAUAAAGUUGAAGUUAUCUUAUUCAUUUCCACCAAGAGAGACCGCGAUUUUUGCAGAGGAUCAGAAAACUCAGGGUCAAGAUGAAGAUGUCGUUGCUUAUCAGAUGCGAUCUCCAGCAUUAAUUCAAUUUUACAAAUUGCAUGCAUGAUAAGAAGUCAGCAUUUUCUAUGUUUCGCAUGGCUGCAUGUGUAUAUCUGUUACACUAAGGUGCUUUUUGAUUAUUUAUUAUAUUUCAAUAUAAGAUUAUUUUAAUAAAACAUCUACAGGGUACUUUUGAUCUCAAUAAGA